CGCAACACCACGCAACACUUGAUUAAAAUUAUUAAGAUGUCGCUAGGAGAAAUGAUUGCGUAUGUAGAUGUCGCUAUUUCCGACUUUCUGUGGAAUUCGAGCAAGAAAAUAAUUUUCUUAUACAAACAUAAAAUAUAUUUCAUAAAACAACAUAACCAAGUAACUUUAAUGUUUGUAUACCACUGUACCACGAGGGUAGAGAAAUACUAUAAAAAAUGUAUGGAAGGAAAGCAUUCAAGCUUGUAACAGAAUUAGAUUUAUGUACCAAUAUACAGCCAUUCAAUGAAGUAUUAGUUAAGGAAGUUCUGGACGAGAUGCACUCGCUCUACAAUGCAAAUAUGUCUGAUAGUAAUGCCAUUCGAAACGAGGACAAUAUGGCAUUAUUGCCAUCGGUUCAGCUUCGGCACAUAGCACUAACCAGAAACAAAAGAUGCGUUUUGGCAUAUAUAUAUAACAGAAUGCGAAAAUUAAGAGAAUUGCGUUGGGAAUUGGGAAGCAUUUUGCCACCAGAAGUAAACUCUAAUUUGCUAAAUGCAGAAGUUCAGUGGUUCCAAACGUAUAACAAAUCCUUGGCUACAUACAUGAGAUCCUUGGGUGAAGAUCAAGGAUUUAAUCUAACAGCAAAUAUGUUGCCUCCUAAGACUCCUUAUGUGGAGGUGAAAUGCGUGAUGGACUUUGGAAAGCUAGAGCUCGAAGAUGGUCAAGUUAUUUUACUGAAGAAAAAUACGUAUCAUUUAUUACCACGAGCUGUAUGCGAACCGCUUAUAAGGCAAGGAAUACUCGAACAUAAUAGCACAUAACGUGUUCCUUUUGUAUUUUGCUAAAAUAAAGUUUCGAUGUAUUUUCA